AUGUACUCAGGUCUAUAUAGCUCGCCGUUUCCUAAGUUGAACCCGAACGUCCGGUAUAGGACCGUCUUUGAAAGAGCUGGGUUUGAUACAAAUACCACCAGUUCUGCCAAUGCAAAUAAUAGUAAUGCAAGUACUACUGCUUCACUGCAGAUUCCUUCGCAUCAGCAUGAUGGUCAGCAAGUUGAUAAUUUGACUUCUGGAAAGAAUACGCCUACUAAGGGUAUUCCUAUGGAUGGAAUUUCAAUGUCUACGCCUGCCGCAACAACAUUAUAUGAGAAAUCGCAUCAUCAACCUAAUAAUCAAGAUGAAUAUAGACCCAUUAAUGAUAGGAAUAGAAUAUCGCCACCUCAGAAUAAGCAUGUAGAUAUAAUACCUUCGCCGUUGCACGGAGAUCCAUAUAUAGCACCAGUCAUGACGGCGACUUCUAUGCCUUCAGCUUCAGCUUCGUCAUCUUCACAACACCAACAGUCACAAGGGUCCUUCAAUUUUGAACAAAAGUCCGUAAAUGGUAAGACUGUUGAGGAGGAAAUGAACCCAAUCGAUAGGUCGUUUAUGAUGUUAACUCAGAACGAUUCGCAUUCGAUGAUAUCUCAGUCGCGAGCAAAUAGUAAUCAUGAUUUUGACAUUAGUAACCAUGUUUCUCAGGAUUCUCGUAAGAAUUUUCCUUCUGUUGGAUCUUCUUCACACUCAUCGACUUCAUCACAUUUUAAAAGACUUCCAUCUACAGUUCAAGGACUGAAUUUGGAGUUUAAAGAUCCAUCUCAAAUGAUGGAUGAACCAAGUAAUAUUAUACAGUCAUCCAAUACGGAUAGCGUAAGUUUUGAACCUGAUCAUUUAUUAACCAAACAAGUCUCAGAUGAACAUUCUCCAGAAGUUACUCCUAUUCAAUUACAUUUACAACAAGAAGUUGAACAACAAGAUGGACAUGCAUCAGAUACAAUAAUAUCCAAAAACCUACAAGUCGAACAAUUGAUUGCUGAAUUGGAUGACGUUUCAUUCUCUAGAAACGAACAAAUAUCACAGACUUUACUGUCUAGCCAUAAUGAAAGUAAUUCCAAUUCAGAUGUUUCAUUAUCUUCAAAGACUACAUCGAUGAUAAUGGAAGAUCCUCGUUUGAAAAAAUCAAGUGCAUAUUUAUCGGGGUUCCCAUUGAGAAAACAAGAUUCAUCUCUACCUUCGAAGGAUAGUGAUGGUGAUUCAUUGAAUAGUGAAUUAAACUCCAAAGUUCCUGCAGUUAUUGAUGGUACACCAACAUUUUAUAAAUUUGCUCCAAAAGAAGAAAGGUUCUCUCAGCAAGAUUCACUUAAAGAUAAAGAAAUUAUAUUAACACAAAAACCUGAAAUUAUAUACCCACCUGGUGAAGGUCCUUGUAGACUCUGUGGUAAAGAUAUCUUAGAUAAAGGUGUUUUUUCAAAGAAAGAGAAUGAAUUGUCGGGACAAUGGCAUCGUGAUUGUUUUAGAUGUACUAAUUGUUCAGUAAAAUUCAACAAAAAGGUUCCAUGUUAUAUUCUUAACGAUAAACCUUAUUGUCAACAACAUUAUCAUGAGGAGAAUCAUAGUAUAUGUCAAGUUUGUUCAAGAUUUAUAGAAGGGGAAUGUUUGGAGAAUGAUAACAUGGAAAGAUUUCACAUUGAUUGUUUGAAAUGUUUCCUUUGUAAGAAAAUUAUUGAAAAUGAUUAUUUCAUCUUUAAUGAUGAAGUACCAAUUUGUGCAGAUCAUGACAUGGAAACAUUAAUUGAAAAUGGUCUUGCAAGUGGGGAUUUUGAUAAUGGAAACAAAAAUGGAGAUUUCGAUGAUGUAAACGCAAAUGCUGAUUUGAAAAGAAAUAAUACAUUAUCCAAACGUAGAACGAGGGUCAUUAGUUUCAUGGGUUAG